AUGGAGUCUGAGAUCAUAGCCACCCGGGAUAUAUUGCCCUCUGCUGAUAGAGUGGAAGUUGUCAAUAGGUUUGAUAAUGAUCCUAAUGAGAUUAGUGCUGGACACAUCAAGUAUCUUGGAUGGAUGCAGUGCAACCAUUGUGUCAAUCAUUAUUGGGAGGAUGUCCAAAUGGGUGUGGAUCCUUCCAAAUGCAUGGCAUGCACAGGGCCAAACUGCAGCACCCAAAAGAUUGGCUUUGCUUGCCACAACUGUCGUGAUUCUCAUUUGAAGUGUGAUUUCCAGUCAGACUACAAUGCAUUUCUGAAGAAAUACAUCAAUGACAGCAUUGUCUUUGAGGACAAUGCCAACAACAAUGACAUUGAUGAUGUCAACAAUGACAAUGACAAGAAGACUCCCAUUAAGAUUGAAGAAUCCAGCUGGAAGAGAAAGGACUGCCCUUUCGACAUGGAUGACCAAGAGCACCAUUGGACAAAGACCAUUGGUGCAUCACAAAACUUGGGGAUAGAGGUGAUCCCAAAGGCAGAAUGGAAGGGGAAGGACCAUGAGAUUCAGACUCCAGAAUGGAAGGAGAAGGAACUGGAUGCUGGUUUGUCAGUUACCCAGAUGUAUAAAAUCAUUGCAAAUGGUCAUGCAAUGUCCCUUGACAGUGCUAUAUUGCACCUGAAGACAGAGGUCAAUGAACUUGCUGCAAAGGUUUCUCCUUCUGCAGUGGAGAAAGUCAAUAGGUGGACGAAUUACCUCACACAGAUGCACAAAGAUCUCAUCAAUGAUUUGAAGGGUGCACAGGCGUAA